AUGCCGAACUACGCGAAAGUACAAACAACUGGGGCUGGUGUCUCGAAUGCCUCAGAACCAUUAGAAAGAGGCAACAAAACGGAAGAAGCAUACGAGACUGUCAGCGAGCAAAAGCCACCACGCGAGACGGGUAGUGACGAGUCGCUGGGGCCCCGAGGUGACGAUGAGGAUGUGCAAUACGUGAAGGGGCAUCCCAUCAUCCGGAAUGGUGCCGAUGUAUCCAAAUUCAUAGUAUCUGACCGGGAUGACGGCGACCCUUCUCUCACCUUUCGUUCCAUAGUACUAGGCACAAUAUUCACGGCCCUUUCGAGCGUGAUCACAAUGCUUUAUGUCUUCAAGCCGUACCAAGCGCAAGUUUCUGCAGUCUUCUUGCAACUCCUUGUCUAUGUCUUUGGGGAAGCGGUAAAAUGGAAAUGGCUACAGUCGGUACUCCACUUUCUCAACUUCGGUCAGCGCUUCACGAUCAAAGAACAUGUUGUUGCUGCUCUAAUCGCCUCGUCCGGGAACAACGGUCUCUCCGGUGUGGAAAUUUACGCCGUGGAAAGACUAUUCUACAAUACAAGUGUAACUGCCACUACGGCGGUUCUGGGAACUUUCUCUAUCUCUCUUUGUGGAUUCGUCCUGGCAGGGGUGUUGCGGCCGCUGAUUGUCUAUCCUGCAGAGAUGGUGUAUUGGUCAACGCUUCCUCAGGUGGUGCUAUAUCAAAGCCUUCAUUUUGACCGGCGCGCCAAUAGGGACCGCCUAGUCAAGUUUGGCUGGGCCAUGCUGAUUACCGCUGUUUGGGAAAUAUUUCCCGUCUAUAUCAUGACUUGGCUUUCCGGAUUCUCUAUCUUCUGUCUUGCCUCCAUGCAUGCACCAGACCAUAUUCGAACCAUCUUCUCUACGAUCUUCGGGGGCGCUUCGUCCAACGAAGGUAUGGGCCUCUUGAACUUUUCAUUCGACUGGCAAUAUAUUCAGAGCACAUACCUUUCGCUGCCUUUCAAGCAACAGCUCAACAGUUGGAUUGGCUACAUUAUCCUGUAUUGCGCCAUGCUCGGUCUAUAUUACAACAAUACCUGGGAUGCGAAGAACUUCCCAUUCAUGUCCACUUCACUCUUUUCGAGCAAUGGCACGCAGUUCUCCAUCUCAUCUGUCAUGGGCAAUCAUAAGAAAAUUGAUUUCGCAAAGCUCCAGGAGACAGGUUUGCCCUCUAUGACUUCAAGCACUGUGUGGGGCUAUCUUACACAGAACUUGGCCAUCGGUGCACUGAUCACCCAUGUUUUCAUCUUCUACAGCAAAGAUAUGAUCCUCGCGUGGAAGCAAGCACGUAGCAGGACUCAACCUGACCCACACUAUCAGGCGAUGUUGAAGUACAAGGAAGUCCCAAUCUGGUGGUACGUGGUACUUUUCGUCCUGGCUUUUGUCGCCGGGUUAAUUAUCAAUAUCAAAGGUGAAACCACCCUUCCCGUUUGGGGCUACAUUGUUUCCCUCCUACUCGGCGCUUUUAUCGCACCUUUCUCAUGCAUACUUUACGGUCUCUAUGGAAAUGGAGUUAGCACCAACCAGCUUUCCAAGAUGGUGGCAGGUGCCCUUCAUCCCGGCCGCCCCAUUGCCAAUCUCUACUUCGCCAGUUGGUCCCACCAAGUUAUUCUUCUCUCGGUCAAUUUAGCCAAUUGGCUCAAAGUCGGACAGUACACAAAAGUCCCGCACCGUGUCAUGUUUGGCACCCAAAUAUAUGGUACCCUCCUUGGAGCGGCACUGAACUACGUCGUCAUGACAACGAUUGUGAGCAACCAACGCGAGAUUCUCCUCGAUCCAGUGGGCAACAGCGUCUGGAGCGGCUCAUUUGUGCAGUCCUUAAAUACACAGGCUAUUACAUGGGCGCUGGCAAAGGAAAUCUACGGCGUUAACAGCCGUUAUCUCAUUGUUCCCCUCUGUCUAGUGAUCGGGCUUGCCGUGCCUUUUGUACACUGGGCCCUGAUCAAAAUAUACCCCCCUCUGAAGAAGGUGCCUCUCAACACAGCGAUUAUCCUUACCUAUGCUGGCAUGCCGUACUAUGGAAAUACGUCAUGGGUUUGGUCGUCCAUUGCUGUUGGUGUCUUUUCGCAGUUCUGGCUCAGACGCCGGAUUCCGGAGAUCUACAACAAGUACAAUUAUCUCAUUGGGGCUGCCAUGGAUGGAGGAUCGCAAAUUAUCAUAUUCAUUCUCUCGUUUGCGGUCCUAGGGGCAGCUGGUAAGGAACGCCCGUUUCCCACGUGGUGGGGGAAUCCGAACGGUAAUCCGGAUUACUGUAAAUAA